AUGACUACCCCAAAUCAUUCUGUUUUCCUUUCAGGUACUGCCAUGACUGUCCGCCGGUAUUCCAUGUCCUCUCUCCUUUCAAGUUCUGAACACUGUAAGCACAGUGCGCACAUGAAAAGACAUUCAAGUAGUGAAACAAUAUCAGGACCCAGGCUGAACCAAAAGUCCGCCACUCAGUUAGCCCAACAUGAGGAGUCCGCUGCGGAUAUGCUGGUUACUAGUAUCCCCAAGACAAGAUCCUUCCAGCAAUAUAUGCACAAGUGCAGGGGCAGAGUAAAGGCGGUCACUUUUAUGCUACCAAUGGAUAUGAGAGAUUACGAUGAAAAUCAAAUGACUUUCCCGAGUCCUCAAAAUCAAAGCGCAAAUCACUUGAGUACGAUCAUUGAAAAGGAUCCAUGA